AUGUCGUCAAUUUCGAAUCCACCGCUGCACCCCAGCAUCUUGCUGCUGAAUCCCAACUCAUCCGAGUCUAUGACGUUGGGGAUCUUGGAGGCGGCCGAGAAGAUGCAUCUCCCACAGCGAAUCCACCUUUCAGCUUACACUGCGCCCCCCUCAAGUCCCCGCAGCAUCAACGACGGCUCGGACCUCGAACUCAGUACCGAAGUCGUCUACAACGACAUAAAGUCAAAAACCCUCCUUUCCGCCCACGACGCAAUCCUCGUAGCCUGCUUCAGCGUGCACCCCCUCGUCAAGGCCCUCUCCUCCCUCUCCACCAACAACAAACCCAUCAUAACAGGUAUCUUUGAGUCCAGCAUCCUCACCUGCCUCUCCCUCCUCUCCCCCACCGGAAAAUGGGGCAUCGUCACAACCGGCCAAUUCUGGGAAUUCCACCUCACCUCAGGCGUCAACUCUUUCCUAGGCAUCACAGACCCCCACGCGAGCAAUGCCAAGUUCGCUGGUGUCGAAAGCACGGGGCUGAACGCAAGCGAUUUUCACGGGGGGGUUUCGCAGGAAGAGAUCCGGCACAGGUUGAGGGAGGCGACAAGGAGGUUGCUGAGGAAGGGUAAUAUCGAGUGUGUCGUGAUGGGGUGUGCGGGGAUGGCGGGGCUGGAGGAGAUUAUUAGGGAGGUAGCGCAGGAGGAGUAUGGGGAAAAAGGCAAGGAGGUUUGUGUGGUUGAUGGGGUGAGGGCGGGGGUUAGUGUGCUUGAGCAGGCCGUGAGGAGUAGGAGGGCGUUCAGGGGGGUGGGGGGAUAG